CAUAUAUUCAUUCUUCCACUUGCCCACAAUAGAAGCUAUCACAUAGAGACUAGUUCAGAAUCCAGAUCACAUUGUAGAAAUGGCAUCAAUCACCAUGACAUCCUCAAUGGUUGGUUUUCCCGCGGUAACCAACCGGUCAUCGGUAGCAACACAGCGAAGAUUUGUUGUCAGUGCCGUAAGAGCAGUUGAAGGGGAAAAGACGGUCAAAUAUGACGAUGACAAGGAGGGCAGCAAUGGAAGAAGAGACUUGAUGUUUGCUGCAGCAGCAGCUGCUGUUUGCUCUGUUGCUGGGGUUGCAAUGGCAGAUGAUGAACCAAGAAGAGGUACUCCAGAAGCCAAGAAAAAGUAUGGCCCUGUUUGUGUCACUAACCCAACAGCUAGGAUUUGUCGUUAUUGAGGGUCUUAGUUUACUUUUCUUGAUUUGUAAUGUACAAUGGGGCUGUGGUGUUUAUAUUUCAUUUAAUCGUUAAUGUACUACUUUAUACUAGUUGUUUAUAUUUAAAAAAGCAUAAACUUUGCCUCAUCUAAAUGUACUUGAAUUGAGUUUA